AAGUAGCUGUGUUAGCAUCGGCGCUGCUCACACUCUGAGCACUAUUCUCUUCUGAGCGCUGCUAACAAUCACGAGUGAACUCAGAUAUAAGAUAAGACAUUUUAACUGUCACGUUUUAAAUCACUUUUAUGACACUUAACUUCGUUUUUUUCCUAAAGUUGCCGCUGCAGUUUAGUGAACUUUAAAGUGUCAGUGAGUUUCAGAGUGACAGCUCUUCUUAGCGCUUGUUAGCUGUGCUAGCCGUGUUAGCUCGUUAGCCCGGCGUCAUUUCCUUUGGUUUGAAAAUCGCGGCGACGUAAACGAAGCAGAGAUGGAACUACAAGUGGGGACUGAACCCAUGACCCUUGGCUCUCCCACGUCAACCAAGCCAAACCCCGGGGCCCAGUUCCUGCCCGGCUUCCUCAUGGGUGACCUUCCUGCUCCAGCGAGCCCGCAGCCCCGCCCCUUCAGCCUGACCAUGCCCCUCAUGGAGAGCACAGGUACGCCGCGAGGUGGAGGAAGUGGAGGAGGAGGAGGCUCCGCCCCUCAGCCUGUCAUCCCCACCCCUAAAGAUAAAAGUGGAGCCCCGCCUGUUCGCAGUAUCCGUGACGACCUGGUGUGUGUGGGGACACCGCUCAGUGCACACAGGACGUCUUUUUCAGUCAUGCAGUCUCCUCUGUCUGUACGACAGGGUACUCCAGGAAAUACUACAGGUUUGCAGCAGGCGUGUUUGUCUCCAGCUCAAGUCGAUCCGUUCUACAGUCAGGGAGAAUCUUUGUCAUCUGAAGAUCAACUGGACCAGACCUGGGUCACUGUGUUUGGUUUCCCUCCUGCCUCCGCCUCGUACAUCCUGCUGCAGUUUGCUCAGUACGGAAACAUCCUGAAACACAAGAUGGCGUCUCCUGGUAACUGGAUGCAUCUUCAGUAUCAGUCCAAGCUUCAGGCGAAGAAAGCUCUGUCCAAGGAUGGAAAAGUGUUUGGAGACGCCAUCAUGGUGGGAGUGAAGCCCUGUAUAGACAAGAGUGUGAUGGAUGGCAGCGAGGCCGACUCCUCCCCCUUCUCCUCGUCCAUGUGCUCCUCCUCCGUCCUCCCGUCCACUCCUCGCUCCGCCAUCAGACCGCUCAGCUCCGCCUACAGGAGCUCCGCCGGAGACUUCCAGGUGGUGUCAGACAGACAGACGCCCAGGAAGGACGACAGCUUAAUUUCCAAAGCAAUGGAAUACAUGUUCGGCUGGUGACGUCACCCAGUGCAUCAUGGGAUUCCUGCGGAGAAUCUGAGGACGAACGACAUGAGUUUACUAGUGUGUGUGUGUGUGCGCGCGCGUGUGUGUGUGAGACUGUACAUGACUG